AUCAGUAAGAAAAAGGCCAGUAAUCGAAUCGGAGUAAUCGGCGCAAAUACAAACUUGUUGAAAGUUCCUAUUUUAGCUUAAAAAAAGUCGCUGAAGUCGUGGAGUGGUUGAAGAAAACUUUAAACAAAUAAAAUAAAAUGAAUUACCAUAGGCACUUUAUAUAUUUGAGGGCAUUGGUCGUAUUGUGCCUCAGCGUUGCGCCAUGGAGCUGUGGCAGUGCUUAUCAGAUAGGUGUGGGACGUGCCGAUUGUACGGGUCCACCAGUGGAAAUACAUUUUAUGGGUUAUGCGAAUAUCAAACAAGUGGGACGUGGACUACACCUCCGGCAAUUUGCGCGCGCUUUUGUCGUCGAAGAUGAGAACCACACGCGAAUAGCUUUCGUCUCGGUCGAUGCGGGCAUGAUGGGCUAUGGCGUAAAAAGAGAGGUUGUAAAACGCUUGCAGGCGCGAUAUGGAAAUAUUUACACGGCUGAUAAUGUCGUCAUCAGCGGGACACACACUCACGGCGGUCCUGGAGGCUUCCUUAUGCAUCUACUUUAUGAUAUAUCGAUUUUAGGCUUUGUGCCACAGACUUUUGAAGCGCUAGUGCAGGGCUGUUACUUGAGCAUUAAACGCGCCACCGACAAUAUGGUAGAAGGAAAGAUAUUCCUUUCGAGAGCCACAAUAUUAAAUGUGAAUAUCAAUCGCUCACCCACCUCGUAUCUGCGCAAUCCCGAGGAGGAGCGUGCACAAUUCGAGCACGAUGUGGAUAAGGAGUUGACGCAGUUGCGCUUUGUGGAUGCGGACAGUAAUUUGAUAGGCGCCUUCAACUGGUACGCUGUGCAUGCGACAUCGAUGAAUAAUACCAACAAACUGGUCACCUCCGAUAAUAUGGGCUACGCGGCUUUACUUUUAGAGAAGGAAUACAAUACAAAUAAAGUGCCAGGCAAGGGUAAAUUCAUAGCCGCCUUCUGUUCCGCUAAUUUGGGCGAUGCUUCGCCGAAUAUCAUGGGGCCGAGAUGCUCGCUUAGUGGUAAUGACUGUGAUCUACUCACUUCAAAGUGCCCUGCCAAAGAAGGUGAAUGCUUUGCAUCUGGUCCUGGANNNNGGCAAUUUCUAUAAGGUUCGAUUUUAAACAAAUAUUUACUUUAUUAGCGGUUAUUGAACGAAAACAGUCAAGAGACAACAAGUCGAGAAUUAAUUGGCGAAUUAUCUUUCAUCCACCAAUUCAUCGACAUGCCCAACUAUAAUGGAACCACUUACAAUCCACUGCAAAGGAAACUGGAUAGGAUACGGGGCUGUCAGCCAGCGAUGGGCUACAGUUUCGCUGCUGGCACUACAGAUGGACCCGGCUCAUUUAGUUUUGAACAGGGCACCGUUAGUGAUAACGCGAUGUGGAAUGCUGUUCGAGAUUUCAUAGUCGCUCCCACACAAGAGGAUAUCAGUUGUCACGCACCUAAACCAAUUUUACUUGCAACUGGAAGGGCUACAUUCCCGUAUGAGUGGCAACCUAAGAUUGUAUCCGCCCAGCUGCUAAAAAUUGGUGAUUUGAUUUUCGCCGCGGUACCCGGCGAAUUCACUACCAUGGCAGGCCGACGUUUACGCAAUAAAAUUAGCGCCGUGGCUGUGGCCACAGGUGGCAAGGACACUGAAGUAAUCAUCGCAGGUUUGUCGAAUAUUUAUUCCAGCUACAUCACAACGCCUGAGGAGUACCAGGCACAACGAUAUGAAGCUGCGUCCACGAUCUUCGGCCCGAACACGCACACUAUCUACAUGGAUGUCUUCGAGCAACUGACCAAGUCAAUGAUACGUGGCGAACGCUUAGUCCCCGGCCCCUCUCCCCCAUAUAUGAAUGAUCGUAUGCUAUCGAUGAACACUGGCGUUAUUUUUGACGGCCACCCGAUUGGCAAGGACUUCGGACAUGUUAAGUUGCAACCGCGAAAGGCAUACCAAAUCAAUGAAACUGUCAAAGUCACCUUCAUUGCCGGCAAUCCGCGCAAUAAUCUCUUCCACGAAAAAACGUACUUUGCUGUAGAGCGAAAAAUCAACGAGGAACGUUGGAAGGUCGCAUAUACUGAUGCCAGCUGGGAGACAAAAUUCAUUUGGGAACGCGUUCAUUUGAUACUCGGCUUCAGUGACAUUCACAUACACUGGACCAUUGGCCCCAAUACUCUUCCCGGCGAAUACCGCAUUCGGCACUUUGGCAACUAUAAAUAUAUCUUGGGCGGCAUUUUCCCCUAUGAAGGCAUUUCGAAUUCAUUCAUAGUUACGGAAGACUAAUCGGCGUAUAUCCUAUGUAUUUGUAUGUAUACGCAUGCAAACAUACGAUAUGGAAUGAUUGGAUAACUAGUCAGAGACUGCGCUCUUCAGGAUGUAACUGCUUGUCAGCUAUAUACAUACAUAUACAUAUCUAAAAUUAAUUAAAACGAUUGGAAAUUUAAUGUGCUAUUCUGUGCCAUACACGAUACAUAUGUACCUACAUACAUAUGUAUUUUUUGCCUACUAUUUAGUUGUGAAUAUGUAAAAUAAAGUUUAAAAGAAAGGU